AUGCGGUUUCUUUUGGAGACGGUGCUGACGCUGUUAGUCGUGAUAGACUAUGCAGUGGCCGCAUGUGGCCUAUCUGCUACUCCAACUAAUAAUGUGUCUAUGUGCAAUUGGCAAGGUCUGCGUGCCAAUAUCCUGCGCGAUAGAAUCUUCCUCGAUGGCGGGCGGUUAUGGUAUCAGACAGGCGAUGAUGAUUGCCCCCAGUACCAACCUGCUGAUAUUUUGACAACCACCAUCUAUCAUCUGAACCUCAACACUUCCUUCAACACAAAAUCUGAUUUCAUGGAUCUACUCACCAACGAGUCCGUCGCCAGCGGUGAUCCUAGCAUGGCUCCAAAUUACGUUGAUGGCACGAUGUUUGCCAACGACAACGAGUUAUACCUAUAUGGAGGCAUGCAUCCUAAUACCAAUAGUUCCAAUCCUCGGCCUGCUAAUCAAGUCCUAUCAUACGCUGCGUACCAGUAUGGCCCCCAUAGAAGCUUAUGGAAGCCCGGCUGGAAGGAAGAAUACCUCUCUACUAAUGUUACACGAUAUAUCACCAAUGGCGCCGCUGCAUCAGCCCCAAGAGAGAACCUAGGCUUUUACUUCAGUGGGAUGCGUGCGGCAGACUGGGGCGACUUCAAUUUUGACCAGCUUCAAUCCAACCAAACGGCUGACACGCUAAUCACCCUGGAUAUGUCGCAGAUGAGCGACGGGAGUUGGACAAACACCACACUACCAAGUUAUGUUCCUGCUCGUUCCAAUGCGGAACUAGUAUGGGUCCCUGUAUCCGAGUCCGGGGUUUUAGUCGCCAUUGGUGGGGUGGUUGAACCCAUUCAGUUUUUCAAAUCAAACUCAACUCGGACAGAGGAGAGCAAAAGGAUUAGCCCGACGUUCAUGGAGACGGUCUCCGUCUUCGAUGUCAAGAGUAGAACCUGGUAUCUCCAGAACACGACAGGUGAUAUACCGCCGCAGUUGACGGAGUUCUGCUCUGUCCUUGCUAGUGCGGCUGAUGGGUCAUCUCAUAAUAUCUACAUCUAUGGAGGAUAUGAUGGUCUCGACCUUAGUGCUAAUCCAUCUGACGAUGUGUAUAUAUUGUCCCUGCCUUCCUUCAAGUGGAUCAAAGCAUACAAUGGCACAAACACACACAGUCGCAGCGGUCACAGAUGCAUCAAGGUAUAUCCAGAUCAAAUGCUGGCGGUUGGAGGACAGCAUGUCGAUCCAACCCGUUGCCUAGAGGGUGGUGUAAUUGUCAACUUCAACCUCAACACGCUGAGUUUUGAGGAUAAAUAUGAUCCCACAACUUGGAGUGAGUAUAAAGUGCCGGAUAUCGUGACGAAACUGAUAGGGGGCAACUCUGAUGGAGGUGCAAGCACAACUGCCCCACCAUCAUGGACAAACAGCUCUCUAGCGGGAAUUUUCGACAAGAAAUACAGCAAGACCAUCGAGACAUAUUGGCCGUAUAAUAGCACUAGCGGCAAUUCCAGCACCAGUUCAUCCACACAAGAUCACAGCGGGGGCGGCGGCUUCCCCAGUUGGGCUGGUGGAGUAAUCGGUGCAGUCUUAGGUCUGCUCAUCAUUGCAAUCCUGGUCGGACUCUGGUUUUAUCGCCGCCGUCAACGUCAACGCAAGUCCGCGGAAGCUGAAUCCGAGGCCGCAAACGCUGAACCCAAAAAUCGCCCCCCAGAAUGGAUGUAUGGGAGCGGUCCAGCCUCCCCCGGACCCGGGCCAGUAUCUUCAUCGACUGGUAUGGAGACGGCGGAGACGGUGCGAACUACGCACACCACGGGAACGCAGCCGUCAACAGCACAGCAAUCCAUAAACCAGCCAUCGAUCACACAGGCUUCGACUUUGCCGGACUCCGUCAUAUCUCCCGCAACCCCUGGCACAGUGGAAUCAGGAGGAGAUGCACUGUACGAGAUGCAUGAUUCAUCACCAGUUGAGCUUCCCACACCAUUCAAUACUGCGUACUUUGCUCAUGGCGGGGGUCCCAAACCUGAUCCUAGACGAGGAUCCCAGUCUCCUGUCUCACCGCAGACUGCUAGUGAGACUGGGUCAGAGUACUCAUAUCCAAUGGGUCACAGCCGGCGCCCAUCUUCACUGUCAUUAACGUCCCCAAUGUCGAUUGACAACGUGGUGACCGGUCGGUCGUCGCAUUUUUAUGAAUCUUUCGACAGUUUGCAAACCCACCCAGCAGGUCAUCGAUCUGAGGUUUCCCAGUUGACUGAUCAUGUGGAAGACAAGGGGCGGAAGAGAGGUAGUGAGACGAUUCAGGAGGACGAAUAG